GUUUUAUAUUUGAUUGAUUGAUUUGUUUACAAAAUUUUUGUACCGUACCUACCUACCUAUCUUUCAGAACAUUUUAUUUAAAAUAAAAUUACAUUUUUGUUUUUAAACUUUAAGAUCGCUGAAUUAUUUACUUUGAAUUUUGAUCUGACUCAAGGGUUUUCAUACAAUGGCGCACAGAAAUUCAAGCUUUCAGUCGAACGAUUUAUUUCCAAGAGAAAUUGACAUAGAAGUAUGUUUGAAAACCUUAAAAAUAUUUCAAAAGAUGGAAGGAGAUGUUAAUUGUGUUGUUUGGGAUGCUUCGCUUGUAUUGGCGAAAUAUUUAGAAACCAUGUCACAGAACAGAGCUGACUUUUUAAGUGGAACAAAAGUAUUAGAGCUAGGUUCCGGAUUAGGUGUUGUUGGAUUGACUGCCGCCACUUUGGGUGCACAGGUAACACUUACUGAUCUACCAGAAGCAUUACCUUUACUUCGAUUAAAUAUCAAUGAAAACAAAUCUAAAAUUGGCAGUAUGGGUGGUUAUGCAAUUGCAGAAUCUUUAGUGUGGGGUGAUGCUACAUCAGAUAUUCUCAAGGAAGAAUUUGACAUGAUUGUUUUGGCUGAUUGCAUCUACUAUGAAGAAGCCAUUGAUCCCCUUGUACAAACACUUCAACAUCUGAACAAUACAAUAAACAAAAAGCCUACUAUAUAUCUCACACAAGAAUUAAGAGAUUCGGAACUUCAAAAACGACUUUGGGAGUCAUUUUAUGAUAAAAUUUCGGAAUUUUUUUAUAUUGAAAAAAUCCCAGAAGAACAGCAGCAUGCUAACUACAAAAGUUCAGAUAUUAUAUUGUUACGAAUAAGUAAAAAAUGAUAUUUGUACAGUUAUGAUUUUAAUACUACAAUCAUGUCUUAAUGAAUGAAUUUUUUUAAUGUUACUCAACGAAUUAGUGUUAUUUUAUGUUGUACAAAGUAAUAGAGCACAAAACUAUUUUGUAGUAUAGUAGUGUAGACAAACAGGCAUAGGGUAGGCAUAGAUAUAGAUGUGGUGUAAAGUCAUAAAAUAUUUAUAUACUUAAGUAAUAAAUGAAUUUAAGAAAGAUAAGACAUAUUGCAGAGACCCCAAAUAAUGGGCAGUGGUAAGGAAGAUGAUUCUCCCUUCCUACCCAUUAUUUGCAGUCAAUAUCUUCUAAAAACCUUCUCUUCUUCUUGUCUAAUAACUUUUAAAACUUUGAUCUAAAUGUUAGUUAUAAUUUUUUUAAGUAAUCAACUUAUACAACUUUAUUAUUCCAAAGUUCUUAUUGAAUAUUAUUAUAUUUAAUAAUAUUGUAUUUGAUUUUAUAUUAUAUGUAAUAACUUAUCAUAAACAACUACAUAAAUCCCAUUUGUAUGACUUUUUAUACCAUAACAUAAACCUUCAAAUGAUAGCAAAGUAUUUGUAAUAAUUUCAUAAUAUUUAUUUUGUAGAAUCAAUGUGUAAAAUUUUCUUUUAAUCUAAUCAAUUGUAAACUAUAUUUUCACAUAAGUCACCUAGGGUAGGGUGAGUUACGGUCUUUAUAUUGUCUCUAGUCAUACUCUCUAGUAUUUCUGAUAAAAUUAACUACAUCCAAGGAAACUCUCUUAUAACACAGUAAGAAAAUGUUACCUUAUAAAGAAAAUAUGGAUGUAGAACUCAAAUGUUUCUUACAAGUAUUGUAAACAAUCUUAACAUGUGUUAUUAUAAUUAUACAGCAAUGUAUAUUAAUAUAGAUUUUUAGGAAAUUACGGAAAUCACUUUCGUGGUUAAUGUUUCACUUUAAAAUGUAUAGUUUAUUUGUAAAAAAAUUCAACAAUAAGUACUUGAAGAAUGGUUACAUGUUAGGAUUCGUAAACAAAACAAUGUAAUUGGUAUAACUCGAAAAUUCGAUGUUAUAUUAUUUUUAUUUCAAAAUAAUUUAGGAUUGUCGACUUGGCGAUGAAGAAGUACCUGCUAGCUCGUUUUAAUUCUAUUUUCAUUCAUAGAAACUGAUAUGUACAUAAACAUGUAAUAGUUACCGUCAUAAAAGUUAGGCUGCGAUGGAGGGUGAAUUUCACGUGCGUUUGAACGCGGCGUGUGGCGUUUCAUUAGUGUCUUACAAUUUUUUGAAUAAUCAUUUUUUAAAAUUAACAUUUUAGCAGUAGCUACAUACUUUACUCAUAUAAAAUAGGGUAGAUAAUGAAAUUGAUUACUGUCAAUGGUAAAAUUUAAUAAACACUAAUGACAAACCGCGGCCCGCGGCAGAGUUCAAGACGCUCGUGAAAUUCACCCUGGAUUUUAUGCAAGUGAUUGGCCUUCUCUGAUUGGCGUAGAAUGUGCCUAGCAGGCCCCAUGUCCGAUGUGCUGGCUACACGGAUCAUCCAUGUGCUAGCCUUUGUUUGGCAACCCCUUUACAUUUUUUACAUCUCGAAUCUUUGCUCAGUUUUACUAAGUACCUAGGUAGGUAGUUACUUCUUUUCUGUGUGUCAGCUACUAGCUCAAAUUAUUUUCUUAUUAUCAGUAAAUGUGCUAUUGCUUGAUUUGA